CUAAGUCAAUCGUGCCAAAUUGAUUGUUUAAAGUAUUGAAUAGGUAACUUUCUCUUGAUUGAAACAUUCCUUUUUGUGCUGAAAUUUGGUUAGAUAGGCAAUAUUUUGUGACCACAAAUAACGAAAUUUAACACUAUGGGUGCACCAAAGAAACAAAAAAAGGCGCUAGAAAGUAUAAAUGCUCGGUUGGCUUUAGUAAUGAAAUCUGGCAAAUAUUGCCUUGGUUACAAGCAAACACUGAAAGCCUUACGCCAAGGAAAAGUUAAAUUGGUUUUGAUUGCCAGUAAUUCUCCAUCAUUAAGGAAAUCUGAAAUAGAAUACUAUGCUAUGUUAGCAAAGAGUGAUGUACAGCACUACAGCGGUACAAACAUUGAAUUAGGAACAGCCUGCGGGAAAUAUUUCCGCGUUUGUACGCUUGCAAUAACAGAUCCUGGAGAUUCUGAUAUCAUUCGCUCUCUCCCGGAAGCAAGCUAAAUAUUAAUAAAAAGAAUUUGAACAUGUUUUUUAGAUUAUCAGUAAAACUACUAUAACUUGGUAAAAUAUAGGUUUUCUGUGAACAAAA